GAUGAGCGGAAGAAGCAUAGACUUAAGCAAAAAUAUAGCCCAAGAAGCUCAAGUCAGUGCUAAAAUAUAUGAUGAAAUGAAAAAAAAUGGCAUAAGUUUCAGAACUAUAAGAACUACCAACAGAACACAAAAACAAUCUAAAAAUUGCCUGAAUAAGGCAGAAAUCAGGGUGAGAACAGUUGUAGAAAUGUAAGAAAUUGGCAGAAAGUCAGAGGAGAGAAAGAGAGAAAGGCUAGACAGAGAGGAGAGAAAGAGUCAGAGGACUGAGACAGGUUCUCCAAAAUGGUUCACCUGGUCUCCCUCAAGAAGCUGCCGUCAGCUAAGGACAUGGGAGAAGUGUUGGUACACGAGGUCUUCUGCCUCCAUGGUCUCCCCACGGACAUUGUCUCGGAUAGAGGGCCACAGUUCAUUUCCCUGGUUUUGGAAGGAGUUCUGCUUCAUGCUGGGAGUUUCCCUUGUCUGGACAUCACCCUCAAACUGAUGGACAGACCGAGAGGGCAAACCAGGAAGUGGAGACCAAACUUUGCAUGCUCUCCACCAGUAUUCACGUUCCAGGACAAGGAGGCCGAAGUUCCCUCGGCCAAUGCCACAGCCAUGAGGUGCGAGCGGGUCUGGAGAAGGGCCAGGAUAUCCAUGGUCAGGAUGUCGGCAGUACAGUCCAGGGCAGCCAACCGCCGUCCUGUUCCUGCACCGGACUACCAGGUGGGCCAAGAGGUCUGGCUGUCCUCCAAAGAUCUUCCCCUGCGGGUGGAGUCCCGUAAGCUGGCACCUCAUUUUAUUGGCCCCUUCCCCAUCUCCAAGGUUGUCAACCCGGUGGCUGUACAUCUCCAGUUGCGCCGGUCUCUGAAGGUCCACCUUACAUUACAUGUGUCCUGGGUCAAGCCCUACAUUGUUCCUCGCCUCGAUGGGCCAUGGUGUCAACUGUCUCGUCGACUGGGAGGGUUACGGCCCCGAAGAACAGACCUGGAUUCCUGGGCGGUUCGUCCUGGACAGGACUCUCAUCCAGGAUUUCCACCGCCUCCAUUCUGACUAGCCUCAGGGUCCGUCGGGAGCCGGACCUUGAGGAGGGGGUACUGUAAUGAUUCUGGCCCGCCUGCCUGUUUCCCACUCUACUCUCCCUGUCUGCAAUCAGUCUCAUCUGCUCCACCUGUUUCCCCUGUACUGCUGCACAAUCAGCGGCAUGCCACUCACCUGUCCUCCAGCAGUUAUAUUCAGCCCACUGACAGGCAGACGGUGCCAGAGUUUUGAAAGCCUCCUAGCGAGUAGAUAUCCAGCAUUUUUUCCUGCCUGACCAAGACUUCUGACCACGUUUUUGCUCCCCGGAUUCCCCCUUUUGCCUGGCCCUCUUGGGAUUACUCUUAUUCUGGUUAACGACCCUGGUUCUAUCUCUCAACUGCUGCGCCUGCUUCGCCCCUGGAUCUGUCAGCCUAAGCCAGUCCUUACCUCCUCCUGCCUGAACUCCCUGUGUUCACCUGGUCCUCUGACAAGUGGUUUGUUUCCGACUUCUUGGUUCUCGCCCAGCUUCUGCUCUGACCAUUACCCUGCUGUUGAGCCAUUCCCUGGUCCCUGAGAAGGAUAGUGGCUUUGGAUUCACAUUUUUGUCAGAACAUUUUUCAAGCCACUAACAUGCUUCCCUGUCCUCAGUGGUUCUGGGAUUCUGACUGGCUGGUUCCUAUUUCCCAGACCCAGAAUAAAUCUUUUAAACUGCUUAGUGUCUGGCUGAAAUUUUGGGUCCUGAGUCCUGUGCGUAAUAGUUUCACACCUGGGAAAGAGCAAAGAUCCAACAUCCAAAACAAUGAAAACAGGCGCGGCGCUGGUGGUGUAGGGGUUGGCAUGUGACCACAUAUAGAGGCUAUAGUCCUCGAAGUGGCCGUCCCAGG